AUGAUCUUAGUUAAUGAAAUCAAUUAAUCAAAAAAAUAUGUGAUAAUUCUAGAAAUGAUAAAGUAGGAGAACUAUAUGAAAUUUAAUAAAUUAUUCAAAGAGAUGCUAUAUUUUAUUAUAUAGAUAAAAGGUUAAUUAAAUCAAUUUUAAAAUGAUCUAUAUGAAUAAGUUCUUUUUAUUAAAGAGAAUUGAAUGAAUAAAAUUCGGAUAAUCAGAAUUUAAGAGAUUAUUAUAUUAUUAAAGGGACUAUUGAAUUAAAGAUUUAGAAUUUGAUAGAGAAAGAUUCUUAGUAUGAGUCCAAGAUUUUGAUAGAUUAGAAAAUAAAUUCGGUAGAUAAAUAAUUGAAUUAGAAAGUGAAUUGGAUAGAGUUAUAGUUUAAAGAUGUAUUUGUAUCAUAAAAAAUGAUAGGAAUACAUAUUUUUGAUACAUAGCACAUCCGAUUGGAUAUAAAAUUUCAAGAGUAGUGCCUUUAUGUCCUCCUUGUUAAGAUAAAGAUGUUAUAAAAUUAAGGAAGGGUCUUUUAUUUUUGAAAGAAGAAAAAGUUAGAGCACCAAAUGA